GACGUGAUGAAAACUUUCAAAAAUAGUCUUGACUUGCUGGGAUUAGAAUAUCUUGACCUCUAUCUUAUCCACUGGCCCAUGGCAUACAAGAGAGGAGAUAAUUUAUUUCCCAAAGAUGACUCUGGCAAGUUUCUCUAUGCAGAGGAAAUUAGCUUCACUGAUACAUGGAAGGCUAUGGAAGAGCUGGUGGCUAAAAAACUGUGCAAAUCCAUCGGAGUGUCGAACUUCAACGAGCAGCAGAUUGACAAAAUACUUGCUCUUCCACCCAAAGCCCCAGUAGCAGUAAACCAGAUUGAGCUGCAUCCAUAUUUGACUCAACAAGCAAUGGUUGAUUAUUGUAAUAGCAAGGGUAUUGUGG